UGAAACCUGUCCUGGAGUGUCAUCUCCUGCCGCGCGGACAGCUCCCACCUGCCGGAGCUGGAGCCUGGUAGCCUGGCAGCCUCCGUCCCAUGGCUGGGUCCCGGCACCGCGCCGAGAGCCGGCGACUGCAGCUGCCUCUGCUGUGCCUCCUCCUCCAGGGAGCCACCGCCAUCCUCUUUGCGAUCUUUGUCCGCUACAACCAAGAGACCGACGCUGCUCUCUGGCACGGGGGCAACCACAGUAACGCGGACAAUGAAUUUUACUUCCGUUACCCAAGCUUCCAGGAUGUGCACACCAUGGUGUUCGUGGGCUUUGGCUUCCUCAUGGCCUUCCUGCAGCGCUACGGCUUCAGCAGCCUGGGCUUCACCUUCCUGAUCGCUGCCUUCGCCCUGCAGUGGGCCACGCUUGUCCAAGGCUUCCUUCACUCCUUCCAUGGAGGUCACAUCCACGUGGGCGUGGAGAGCAUGAUCAACGCUGACUUCUGCGCGGGGGCAGUUCUCAUUUCCUUUGGGGCCGUGCUGGGCAGGACCGGACCAGCCCAGCUGCUGCUCCUGGCGCUGCUGGAGGUGGUGCUCUUCGGCAUCAAUGAGUUUGUGCUCCUCAGCCUCCUGGGGGUGAGGGAUGCUGGCGGCUCCAUGACCAUCCACACCUUCGGCGCCUACUUCGGCCUGGUGCUCUCCCGGCUGCUCCACCGGCCCCAGUUGCACAAGAGCCAGCACCGCCAGUCCUCCGUUUACCACUCAGACCUCUUCGCCAUGAUCGGGACCCUCUUCCUCUGGAUCUUUUGGCCCAGCUUCAACUCCGCACCCACUUCCCUGGGGGCCUCGCAGCACCGCACAGCACUUAACACCUACUACUCCCUCACUGCCAGCACCCUCAGCACCUUCACCAUGUCUGCCCUAGUCGGGCCCAAUGGGCGCCUGGACAUGGUCCACAUCCAGAACGCAGCUCUGGCUGGCGGGGUGGUGGUCGGCACCGCAAGUGAGAUGAUGCUCACACCCUUCGGGGCUCUGGCAGCUGGUUUCCUGGCUGGGGCCGUCUCCACGCUGGGCUACAAGUUCCUCAUGCCCACCCUGGAGUCCAAAUUCAAAGUGCAAGACACCUGCGGUGUCCACAACCUGCACGGGAUGCCUGGAGUGCUGGGGGCCCUGCUGGGGGCCCUGGGGGCCUGGCUGGCUACUCACAAUGCUUAUGGAGAGGGCCUGGAGGAAGUCUUUCCGCUCGUGGCUGGGGGCCAUCGCAGUGCCACCUCCCAAGCUGUGUACCAGCUCUUCGGGCUGUUUGUCACCCUGACAUUUGCCUUCGUGGGCGGGGCCCUCAGUGGGCUCCUGCUGAGGCUGCCCCUCCUGGGUGCUCCCCCAGACUCCCAGUGCUUUGAGGAUCAGGUUUACUGGGAGGUGCCUGGUGAGUCUGAGGAAGAGGCCCAGGGACCAUUGAGGACACAGCAGCCAGACACUCAGGCCUAAGGUGCUCCCCAUCCCCAAGGGCCCCUGGUAGAAGACAUGGCCUCAUCCCCAUUGUUGCAGGCAGGGGACUCCUUCCCACUGCUGACUGGGGAGGGGUGGGGAUUAAGAGGGGGGGACUGUCACUAGUAGUCCCACCCCAUAGCUCCUGACCUGUGAGAGUGGGAUCCCCACUUCUGACCCCCCCUAACCCAACACCAUGCAGCCUGGUGUUCAGAGUAUAAACUCCACUGAAUCUCCAAA